AUGCACACGACCCAGAAGGACACGACGUACACCAAGAUCUUCGUGGGAGGGCUGCCCUACCACACCACCGACGCCAGCCUGCGCAAGUACUUUGAGGUCUUCGGAGACAUCGAGGAGGCGGUGGUCAUCACCGACCGGCAGACCGGCAAGUCCCGGGGCUACGGAUUUGUCACCAUGGCUGACCGGGCUGCUGCUGAAAGGGCCUGCAAGGAUCCCAACCCCAUCAUUGAUGGUAGGAAGGCCAAUGUGAACCUGGCAUACUUGGGAGCAAAACCAAGAAUCAUGCAGCCAGGUUUUGCCUUUGGCGUUCAACAGCUUCACCCGGCCCUUAUACAAAGACCCUUCGGGAUCCCCGCCCACUACGUCUACCCGCAGGCUUUUGUGCAGCCUGGAGUGGUCAUCCCGCACGUCCAGCCCACGGCAGCCGCGGCCUCGACCACGCCGUACAUCGAUUACACUGGAGCGGCCUACGCACAGUACUCGGCCGCGGCCGCCGCAGCUGCGGCCGCUGCGGCCUACGACCAGUACCCCUACGCAGCGUCCCCGGCCGCCGCCGGCUAUGUGACCGCUGGGGGCUACAGCUACGCUGUCCAGCAGCCCAUCACCGCCGCUGCACCUGGGACGGCGGCGGCCGCGGCCGCGGCAGCUGCCGCCGCCGCAGCCUUUGGCCAGUACCAGCCUCAACAGCUGCAGACCGACCGAAUGCAGUAGGCCAGCAGAGGCUGAGCGGAGUCGAAAGGGGGAAAGGGGUUGCUCUCCCCCCCCCCCACUUUCCCAGUUCUUAGUAGCUAAUGAGAAAGUUAACGUGGACCUGACAGCUUUUAAAGGGAGAGAGCGAAGCUGUUGUGAAGCAGUGGUUUCCUUUUUUCGUACUCUGGGUAGUGCUGCAGGUGGAGAGGGAGAACGGGAGGGCGAGGAGCAGUUUUUGAAGUCAAUCCCAAAGAGCCUGAGUUACACAGAACAGCCGCUAGAACACGAUGGCAGGGGGUAGGUAUCAAUGGGACUUCACUUUUAUAUCGGGGGUUUUUAUUUUUAUUUUAUUUUUUUGCUCUUUUUUAUAGUAUCAGGGAAGCAAACUGCCUUUUCCAAGUUAGAAAACGCUAUGUGAAUCUAGCUGAACCAGGGAAUACGGAGUGAGCGAUUUGUAGCUUGAACUAUGUGUAAAGGCACAUUUAAAAAAAAAAAAAAAAAGCAGCUGAGACAGCACAAGUGCUGGCCGACCUCCGUGGCGGCCACCGAGGCCUGCGGGACUUCCUUAGGGCAGAAGGUAGUGUUCGCGCUAUCUCCAAAAUGGGCAUCGAACAAUCACUUCAGGAGAGUGGCAGCAGGGACAGUGGUGGACAGGUACCAAAGCGAUUUUCUCAUCUGUUCUGUGGACUCGUGGGCUUGUGAAGCAACUGACACUGUGCCAGCCGCUCAGACAAUCAAUAGCGCACACAGUUCCGCCAAGCCUCCGUCGCCUGUGCUCGUGGGAGGCGCUGGUUGGUCACAUUCUAACCCCUCUCCCCGCCGCUGCUUCACUUGGGGGAACUUUCAUCUGCUGGUCAGGUUUUCGGCACCACCACUACUCUUUCUAUUUAUUGUCCGGACUAGGGGAUUAUGGGUAAAGGCAGGCAGAGUUUGCAGAUGCUCAACCCUUCAGGACCGUCUGGAGGACCUUUAUUUUCUUCCCCCCUUUUUAAAUAAUUUUACACUUUUUUCGUAUCUAUUUCAGAGUCCUAUUUAAAGCUAUUUAUUAGUGACUACAGUACCUAAGACAGCAAGGUUCUUGACAUUACAGUUUUUCAACAGUUGAUGAUCUUGUACUUUAUAAUGUGCCUUAAUAAUAAUCCUAUUUAAGAUAUUUAUUUUUAAGUUUUACUAUGCUGCACUCUAAAGGAAGGAACUUUAGACGUGACACUGUAAAAGUAUGUAUUCAUCUCAUGGCAUAAGUUAUUCAGUAGGUCUAGAUGUAGCAUAUUAAAUAUUAACCUAUUCAACUAAAGAUGUUGGCUUGGAUUUAUUUAAAUUCAUAUGUGCACUGUUCAAGAGGGUGUUCUUACCUGAACACAUCUGAGUUUAUUUUAGUCUUGAGAUUUUUUUUUUUUUAAACAAGCUACGUUGCUGGCUCUGUGCUCCUUUCUUUUGAUUGUCUUACCCCUGUAGCUCUCACCCAUCGGGAACUCAUGACUUCCUCACUUUCCUUGUGUAGUGUAUGUAGUUUUAAAAUACUGCUUUAUAUUUUUCUUCUGAAAGUGCGGUACUUGCAAUUUUUACUCUUAAACUAAAUUGAAUACUAUUUUACACUGUAUUGGACUUUUAUACUUGAAGACCUUCAUACAAGGGACAACAGGUUAGCAUUUUUAUGGACUUUCUCCAUUGUCACUGGAUUUAAGUAUUCCCGUACCAGACAGUGGUCUGCAAUGGAGACGUGGCUCUCCUGUGCAAAUUAUUUAUUUGUUGUGUACAUCGCUUUAUAACAUUUCAGAUCUUCUAAUCUAUU